AUGCCAUCAAAAUUGGGCAUCUAUUGCAAGAGUCAGUCAUCUCUGGAAAGGCCAUCAAAGGAGGCAAUUUGUGAGAUUGAGUACAAAGAAAUCGUUUUUGAUUACAAAGAUGUUCAAGGACUCUCUGAAGAAGUUACUUCAGCUGUGUAUUUCAACCAGCUAAUUAGAUGGUGUGAGAGUGCUGACAAGUUGGUUUAUGGUACCUACCAAAAUAACUCAAGAACAACUAAGUAG